AUGACAAUUAAUCCCGAUUGGGAAUGGGAAAAGAAUCAUUUGACCUCGCCAGUUACGAGUGUUGCGUUUUUAGGUGCAGAUUUGAUUAUUUCAGGUAAGAAAAAAACAAAUUGACUUUAGAUCUCUUUCACGUGUUAUUGGAUAGGAACAAUUCAGUGUUUAACACUGAAAAAUUGACAACCAGUUUGGGCCAGAUGAGUACCGUUUAAGCUUACUGUCAGGUUAACCUAACCAGCAGUAAAAGCUAUAGUGGGACUCUCUGUUGCUCCGCUGAAUAUAAAGAAAGUAAUACCAGGGCCUGAACAAUAGGAGGCCUUUUUAUAGUUGUGGGCUUGGUGUCCUAGCCUUAACUUUGAGUGAACGUGAGGCUGAGGUUGACCUUGUUUCGAUAUACAAACCCUUCUCCCAUUUUUAAUGUAAAUUUUGCUUAAAAAAUAUUAGCCAGUAGAAGAACAACAUGAUUUACAUAAUAAAUCAGGAAGAGUUGUAUCAAGGGUGUCCUCUGUUCCCCUCAUCUCACACUAUCUUUUUACUUAGGCAGUUUUAUCCAAACAAGUUUAUUCAGUUAUCUGCAUCUCGCAAUGUUUACAUGUUUAGUUUUGUUUCAUGAACUUUGAAGGACUGGAAUAACCUAAGCAAUGAUAUUAUUGAGGUUAUUACUCUAAAUGCCUUUAAGCGUGCGAUCUUAGAGAUUGAUUUGGACCUACAAUAGUCCUAGUUGUAUGUCAUAACAGGUGAUCCUUUCCUGACAUAUCUAUUUAAGCGGAAUUAUUCAUAUUUAUUGUGUAAUUUAUAUAUUAUGACUAUAGUGGGACCAAUUCACAUGUAUGGGAAAACCAUUGUGAAUUAAAGCUAUAGAUGUAGAUGUAGGGAUUAAAACAAUGUCAACUCCAGCCUCGUUUCGACCUGUAUCUGUUAAAUGGACUAUUGAUGAAAAUCGAUGAUCAAAUCAGAGGGGGGGUACUCAAGGAAAGUUUGGGUAGGGGUGUACCCCCAAGGCCUUUAAUCCCUGUCCCAGCUUUUUAAAACAAAAAUAUUGUUCAUUUUGCUAGCCUGUUUAGGACAAAUAUAGACCUUAUUUUAUGACCCUGAUUUGUUUAGUUUUGCAUGCAGAAUUGAGUAAUUUUUCAAACUAACAUCAUGCAGUUAGACAUUUUAGAAAAAAUGUUGGCCUCUUAUCGCCAACAUUCAUUCUUGCAAAGGCUUCCAGUUAAAAAGACACCCUGUUCAAGAUGCUAAUAUAAGUAAAGAAAUUGUAUACCCUGUUUAAAAUUCAAGACCUUGAAAACAUACCCUGUUUAGUGGCACUUGUUUACACCAAAUAAGACAGUGCCCAGAUCAGAUCUAUCAAUUGAAAGCAAUCCAUUAAUUUCUGUGAAUUGGCAUAGAUUGGCAGAAAAACUUCCACAUUCUACCAUAACAUUAUUUCUUUACAGGAAAUGGACCAUUCCUUUAUAUACACUCAGUGACAAAAGGAAUUUUGUUGAUUAAUGAAUGCCUUUUGACAAGAUCAAGGAUACAUGGAAUAAGAGGUAUAAACUACAUUCUCUGGAGAAUUGCUUAUUGUCCUUUUCAUUAAAAUACUAGUCAGAAAUAUUUCUUGAAACUCUGGCAAGCUUGGUCUACAUGUAGCUUUUAAUUUAAGCUCUGUCAGCUGGGUUAAGAACUGGUUGGGUGACCAGGCGUGGAUGUCCUGCCAUGAGGGCUCCUACUUCUUUCUUUCUUUCUUGUCUCCUUUUUUUGCUUCAUUGUCAUUUUUUUAUUUUUACAUGUGUAUUACAAAGCAUUUUGUUGGUCACAAAAAUGGAAAAAAACCCAGCAAGUUGGCCUGCAAAUUCAACUCUGGAUCAAUGUACAGAGCUGAAACAAGUCUUUGAUCCAUUGGCGGGGAAGUGCCAAGUUCAUUGUGGUUUUGCAUCAGUGUAACAUGAAUUCAAAGAAACAUUCAAGUUUUUGAUGGUAAAAAGCCAAACUGAAAUGAAUUUCUGAUGCACAAAACUUGCAACGGAAGCAAACGUGUCUGCUAAGUGAGAGACACUCCUGGAAGAUGUUCUCUGAUCUCAAUUUUCACCCUUAUUUUGAAGCUAAUGGUCCAAAUUGCUUCAAGGUUCUCUGGUAAAUCUUCGUUUCUACUGCCAAAAUCUAUUGCAAAAAGCAUUUUUUUGAAUGCCAAAAUAGUCACAAAAACAGCGGGUCAAGUUUGAUUCUUGAUGAUAUCAUUCCAGACACCAACAGAUAUACAGUCGACUCUCUCUUAACUGACACCUCUAUAAGACGGACACCUCCCUAAAACAGACACCUAGAGUUGGUCCCUGCCUUUCUUUACUCCCUUCAUUUGACUCUCUAUAAGAUGGACAUCUCUCUAAGACGGACACUUACUGCCGGUCCCAAAGGUGUCCAUCUUAGAGGGAGUUGACUGUAGUACAUAGAAAUAUAUAAGGGCCACCCAUGUUUGCAGGCCACUUCAAUCCAAGCGUGUUCCUCAUGCUGCACACUACAAAUUUAUAAACCUAGACCUUGUGUGAAUUAUAUAUUAGUUCAACCAAGUAAAGUACAAAGGUUGAUUAUUUAUUUUGUUAAAUGUGAAAUAUUUUGUCAGACAGUUUUCAUAUUCAUGCCAUCAAAUUUAUUUCAUCCUAAAUUUGUUUGGUUUAUCCUCUCUUUUGCAUAGUUGAACAGAAGUACGAUAAGUUGGUGAUGAUUUUUGGACAAAAGGCUAUCAGAGUUGUCAGUUUGCAAGAGAGUGCCACUCAGUCUGGUAGCUAUAGGUAAGUUGAGCUCUAGAGAUUUUUUUCAAAUCCGGUGAUGUCAUAAGUGGUACAAGGGACAUGGGCCAGUAUGGUUGGGACAGGUGUGAGUGGGUAAAUGAAAUGGUCGCAAAUCCUCUUCAGGACAUGGCGGCAUUCACAGCUCAGUACAGAAUGUGAUUCUCCCAAGUUCAAUCAUGGUGUAUCUAAGCCUCUCGCUGAUGCACCUUCCCAUCUCCUUCUUGACCUAGUUUCCUCCCAACUCUGGUGCUCAACAACCAUCCUUCCAUAUCUCAAGCUCAUUUCUAAUGGAGGCAUUUGUCAUUUUCCAAGUCCACAGCACACACAAAAUUUCCCUGUAGUAUUUAUGCUUGAAGGCAUGAUGCACUUCACAUCACAAUGUUUGAUUGCCACAACUUGCAUCAUUAACUCAGGUGUGAAUUAUAGGUAAAUGAAAUGGUCUUUGGUAGGUGCGCUAACAACAACAACAACAACAACAUUUAUUUUCUUCGGUUAAAGUAUUUCAUGAAGUAGUAGCCUGCGUAGCAAGCGUUUCCAAUCGAGUUACUGCGCGAAAGUUAGAGCGGGAGCAAAAAAAAAAGGUGGGAGGGGGAGGGGAGAAGAGGAAACGCUUGCCUGCAAACCCUACGAUUCUGGAAAACGCCCCUUGAUAUUUCACGGUUCGGUUGAUUUGUAAAUUGACAGCUCGUCAAAAUAGAAGUAUUACCCCUGGAUUACCACAUUUGUAAAAUUACUUUGAUCUCCAAUAGAACACGUUCCAGGCGAUUGCAAAAACUGUAAUAAAAAAGUUUUACGAUAAAAGAAGGUUAAAACUCUGAGCGAUUGCUGCGGAAUUUCUUGUUUUUUGUGUGGCUUUAUCUCGUCUGAAACCUUGUCAAAACGUCAAGAAUGAUUUGUCCGGAACAAUUCACUCCGCCGGCUAUAAAGUUUGCAGAGCAGCUGCUCUUCAGCCCGUGUCGAAACGUUCUCUACAAUACAUGCCGCUAAAUUUCCAAUAAACAAAAAUAAUCUUUUCAUUUCAAAAAGCUGAUAAAUCACUUGUCCAAGGCGGCUCUAGUUAGUGUCGAGUACCGAUGUUCUGAUUUACGUUGAUGUUAUCUCCAACAAACAGUCCAUUUUUUCCAUUCAGAUCUGCACGCCUUCAUUCCCAAUAAAUUGGCCUUCCCUAGUCUCCACUGCUCGAUCUCCAAUUAUACUUUGAAGACUUUGAUCUUAUAAACCUUCGCACAAACACGGUUCAAAUAAACAUCAGUCCAAAGCAGUUGUAAUCUGCGACCACAAAUCAUAUGAAACCAGAUCUGUGACGCACGUAAACAAAGCAUACCUGGUUUGAUUGAUGUAAGCUCACGAUUCAUUAGUUGUGAUGGUCGUGGCGCGGUUAGUCUUCGACGCAAGCACCCGCUUGCGUCAAAAAGUUUUAGCACCCCAAACGCCCGUUCGCCAAGGAAGUAUCCCCUCCCCCUCCCCCGUCAUUACUUUUUUUUUUUUGCUCUCGUCCCAACUUUCUCGACGAACUCACAAGGAAACGCUUGCUACGCAGGCUAAUGAAGUAGUGACCCCAAAGUGGUGGUAAAAUUUUCUGUGGUUCAAACACAUGAAAUUCAUAUAUUCAUCUUUUCAUCUUCAUUUUUCCCAGGUACAUUACGAACCAAUUUAUUGACCAAUUCCCGGCCCACCUACACUGGGAUCACAGAGGUCAGGGCCAAAUCCCAGACUUUUUUUUUACAACUUACAGCAUGAGUUGCAUCAGUGACAGGGCUGUCACUAAAGGCCGGGACCUGGGAUCUACCCGGGCAACUACAAGCAUAAGCUCUGGCUAUUCUUGUAGAAAACAAAAGGAAAUAAUAUCCAAAACACUUCCUAGCUGUUAAACUCCCCGCCUACUACAGUAAUUUCAUAUUUUCAGCUACUUGAAAUUUUAGUGACAGCCCUGUUCCGGUGAUCUUCUUUACAUUUUAAAGUAAUACUGAAAAACACUUUUUGUCUUAUCUCAGUGUCAAGGCUGCAACAGAUAUUCAAACAUUUCCUGAUCUAAUAUGGGAUGCUCAUUGGCUCUACAGUGAAGAAGACUUGCCAAAAUACAUUGCUAUAGCAACAGCUCACAAUGCUGUGUGGCGUUGGGACUGGGAAAGCAAUACAAAGCAGUUGAUUGCUGAGUGUGAGGAGCCCUGUAUACUGUAUCUUUGUCUACCAAAAAUGAAUUAAGUAUCUAAAUAAAGAUAUGACCAUCACAGUGCUUAUUGCAAUGUAAGCAAUAUAUUGCAAAAAUUCAAUAUUGCAUGAAUAUUUGCAAUUAAUUAACACUGCGAUGGUCAUAUCUUCAUUUAGAUUUGUAUGAAUGAAUGACACUUUAUUUCAAUAGGGUGCAUAAUUACAUUCACACGAUGAAACUUAAAUACAACUAUCACUGAAAUACUAAAAUCCUUAAAUACUAAAUACUUAAGUACCAAGAUAUUUCCACAAUUCACAUCAUCUUCAUUCUACAUUUUAUUCCUUUCAUUGGUUAAAAUGAACUCAACAAAUUGGCCUGUGCCUAAUGUGUUGGUCUUCAUGGCUGAGUUGGUAGAGCACUGUGCAGCACUAAUGCACUUUCUGAGGCCAUGGGUUUGAAUCUCAUUGAGUCCCUGAGUACACCGUGUGCCCUUUACCAAUAUUAGAAGUAGGAGAGAUGUCCUUAAUUUUCACAUCCAGUACUCAUAAUAAUAUUGAAAAUAUGAAUCCAUCAAGACAGUUUUCUUUAACAGACGUUUUUGCUGCAAAGAUACUCUGCUCAGUUCUUUGGAUCUCAUUUGGAUGACUUAUUUCUUGCUUCUGGAACGGUAUUUAAUCAAAUUCUUCUUUGGAAAGUACAUGGUAAAAAAGAUGAACAGAACAAGACUCUUGUGCUCCAUAGACUCACAGGACAUGAGGGUGUCAUAUUUUCAAUAAAUUUUAACAAAGCAGGAACUCUUCUUAGCUCUGUUUCAGAUGACAGGAGCAUUCGCCUGUGGAAGAUUCCAAAUUUAAAGUCUUUAGAGACAAAUGGCUGUGUGGAGCCAUUUCUUGUAGUUUAUGGGCAUACAGCAAGAGUCUGGGAUGCCAAGUUGUUAGAGACAUGUUUUGUCAGUAUUGGUGAGGACUUAGUCUGCAAUGUGUGGAGCUAUGAUGGAAACAUUGUGAAAACACACAGGGGACAUACAGGUACGUUGUGUCAUUUUAAGGGCACCACCCUGACCCGUGACUAAUUGGAAGAAUGUAGAAGGGGGUGAGGGAAAUGUUCUCCAGGACCAGUGCCAUCUAAAUGUACUUACUUAGAUUGUUGUUCUACUUAAAACCAUUUUUGACAACCCAAAUCCUGGGUACCAUAUGCCCUGGAGACCAUUUUACAUAAUUGCUGUUGCCACAUAAUUCACACUCAUGUCCAGAUGUUUAAGCGGAAAACUGUAUGUAAUAGAGUCAAAACUCCAGAGGCACCCAACAACUGCUUUCUGUAAAAUAUCUGUUCGGAGAAGCAAAUAUUGCCUAGAAUAUCCUAUCACUUGAAGAUGGCUAAAUAUUUCUAGAUGAUUCAUGUACAUUUUUGAAGCUUAUCUUAUAAAUUCUUACGACUUUCUGAGGUUUAAUUUUUCACAUUUCACUGCCCAGGUUAGGCUAUUUUUCAUACAAAAAGGAAACCUAAAAUUUUGGGAUUCAAAACUGUGAUUGAGAGAUGAAUCCAAAAAAUUCUCCCUUUCAUAAUACAUUAAAUUGCAUCUAAAAUUUUCAGGAAAAUAAUACUAAAGCCCUUGUAAUUUUAAAAAUACUCAAGUCCCCCUAGGAUGACCGAACAGGUACAAAUUUUGUAGCACCGCUUAGAAUGCAUUUCUAGAGAUCUAAAAAGUACUCAGGAUAGCCUAAAAAGUGUUUUCAAUGUUUUUAAGAGGAAACCGUUUUUGGGUGCCCCUGAAGCUUCCUGAAGCAAAUUGGAGUUAACUGUUGUAAGCAGAGGUCUGUAUCAAACAGGGUUUUGACAAGGCAGCUGUAAGUAGAGCUUAUAAAGGUAUCCAAUAAAAAAGCAUGGACUGUACCAAUAAAAUAGUGAAUGUCAAUCCAACGGUCUGAAAGAACAAGUGUGAUAACAAAACUUCAUAACAGAGCAGCAUCUUUAGGGUGCAUUUCUCUUUAAACGCACAUGAGUGAGUUUUGCCAUCUUGUUGUUGUGGACGUUAAAAUAAUAAAUCUUCUCCCAUCACUAUACCCAGGUAUUUAACUACAUGUAUGCUUAUGACAGGUCGCAAUAUUUGGAGUCUUGCUGUCAAUCAAAGUGAAGAUCUCAUUGUCACUGGUGGUGGAGAUGGGAGCAUUCGGCUGUGGCCAUUAUCUAGCUCUGAUCAGUAUAGCAGGACUACAUCAACAGAGACAUGUUUGCCAUCGGACAACACAGCCUCUAGAUCACAGAAAACUAAUAAAAAGGAUUACCCAAGAUAUGUCAGUUUACUUGACCUAUCCAACUUGCUAGUGAUGACAAAUGAAGGGUAAGUAACAGUGUUGUGCCCUCCUGAUGUGGGGGAGACACUCCCUUAUUUGGCCUUAAUGGGUAUGUGCCACCCAACAAGGCAUGAUUUUGAUUGUUAAGUCUUGUACAAGAUAUAUGAUUUGCUUGUCAGCUUCUUGAAGGGGCCAUUUGUUGAAGCUGGGUAAGAGCAUUGGGUUGUAAUUUGCAUAAAUCUCACCCACACUAAGAUCAUUGACGUAACAAAAACCACCAAAUAACGAACUUUAGUUAAAAGAGGAGUUAAGGUAUGCAUUGUCUGCCGGGACAAAAGUAGUGGCCAUUGUAGGUUGGUGGCUUUUAGCUGAGACUGGGUGCAUGGAAUUAUCUGCACAGAGGUUCAACAAAAAAACUAUUUCUUGUAAGUGUCUGGUUUAUUCUAUUAACAUGCAUGUCCAUUUGUUUUUGCUCAGGUGUUUGUAUAAGUAUAGCUGGUCAAAGAAAGAUAAUCAGAUUGGUAAAGGAGAUGAUUCCCAUACUUGUUCAAACACAGAGAGCAUAACCACAAAGGAUCAGUGGAAAUUGUUAUUGAAAGAUCCAAACUAUUCCUCGUAUAGUGUUCUAGCCUUGUCUCCCAGUCGUAAGGUCAUUGCAUUUGGAAAUUUACAGGGAAAUAUUAAACUUCAAGAUACAGGUGAAUAUAUAGCAUUUUCUUGUUUUAAUGUUGUCCAAUUAAAAGUAACCAAGUAGCUUAUUUGUAGCUUACUGAGAGGUUUUAAAAGAAACAGUUAGAAAAGGAGGAGACUUUGAUGUGACUUUGAUGAUGAAUGUGUUUUGUUUUGUUUUUUUUUAUAUGGCUGAAUCCGUGAGUAGGCAUUAUAAAGUGAAUCCUGUGUUCUGAUUGGCUAUGCAAGUGGGCAAGAUAGGCACAUCUUGCCUACUUGGGAUUUCCUGCUCCGGUCCCACUAGUAAAAGUUCUCUUUUUUGCCUUAUAAUUAAUUCUUUAUUGACAAGCUUGUUUGGUCAAUAAGGGUGGAUAUUGGCCUCAUUCAUUUUUCCUUUUAUUGACCUUGACUUUGUCUAGGUCCACACAAAUGCAAAAUAGAACUUGGUGUAUAUCCAACCAUCAUAAAAAAUUCAAAGUCUUAAAAAACAAGACUCAAAUUUGCAUUGAUUUUUUGAUUGUUGAUUAUCAUCAUCAUCAUCAUCAUCAUCAUCAUCAUCAUCAUCAUCAUUAUUAUUAUUAAAUAAACUUUGCACCCUCCCUACAGAUUUCAAUCAUCCCUGUAUGGAACUCACUGCUUACUCAGGCAAGGUUCAUAAUCUUCUCUGGAGCAGUCAGAAUUCUGGCCAGUACCUCUUUUCCUGUGGGCCAGAAGGACAAAUGACUUGGUGGAAUAUUAAACAUGUUCACAGUGUUCCUGUUUUCAUUGUUUCUCCUCUUCGAUCGUUUAUCUUACCACCUUCCAAGCAACGCUGGGUCACAGCCAUUGAAAUAUUCCCAAAUCCUUCAACAAAACGAACCUCUGACAAUUUAAAUUGGACAGCAGAGUCUAUGUUAUUAGUAUGUGGGGACAGAAAAGGUUCGCUUCAUCUGUUUGAUCCUAGAUGCUCCACUUCUUCUGAAAAGGUACUUGUCAAGAUAAUGUUUACUGAAACUUUGUUUGACAAAAUUUGUUGUUAUAAAAAUUUCCCAUUUUUGUGAAAACUGCUAGACCGCUACGUUAAUGCUAGAGCUUUGUAAGUCUGUAAAAUGUCUGUGCCAUUUUAGUUUUUGAAAAAGCCAGAUUUAAACCGGCUUCUUGAGAAAAGUUCAUUUUACCGGUAUUAACAACUAGUAUUAUAUGGUGCACCGAAUUAUCUGAAUUGUGGAGGCAGAAGGAAGGGGAUUGGGGAAGGUAACAAAUUAUGUAUAGUGCUAGAAAGAGCUGUUUUGCUUAUGUAAAUUCGGUUUCGGUUUCCGAAUUUGGAUAAUUUGGUGCAUCCUAUACUACUAUGGACCAGUUCAUUCAACGUUACUAGGCAGGGCACUGGGCAGUAUAACAGAAUGUAGGCCAGCAGCUAAUAGACAGGACGUUAAAUUUUUCCUUUUGUUUGUUUUUAAGCCAAUUGCUCCAUCGCAUUCUCUUCCUCUUAUUCAUGGUAAAGCAGGCGUUAGUCAUCUUAGUCUCCAUAACAGCACCAUCUACUCAUCGGGCAGAGACGGCGUUUACAGGCAACUAAGAGUGCAUAACAACAAACUGGAGGUUAUUGACACUAAAAAGGUAGAAAAAUUUGUAAUUCUUACACAAUAAUUUAUGCUCUUUGUGUCUUUCUGAACGUAUGACCUCGUGUUUUCGUAAGCAGCUUAGUGAUGCCCAAUGUAAGGGAGUCAAAGAUUCUGCAUCCCACUCCGUGUAUUCCGGAUUCAAGUAUUUGUUAGUAAAAUUUGGAUUCUGGAUUCAAAACGUUAGUGGGAUUCCGGAUUCCACAAGCAAAAUUUUCCAGGAUUCCUGAAUGUGGAUUCCCUUACGUGGGGCGGUUAAUGCAUCAUUCAAUAAUACAUUUAAAAAACUGACUAGUUAAAAACGGCUUAAAAUUUCGCCUCCUCGAAAAAGGUGAUUUUUUUCAUUACAAAUCUAGCGCGAAUGAAAACACGUGUUAAAGUUCACUUGAAUGCAGUGUAAAACCUGUCUGUCAGUUUUCUCUUACUGGGGCAGUUUCAUUUUGUUUUAUCUAUGUUAGGUGUUUAAAGGUUUUGACUGGCUGGAGCGACUGAUAUUCAUGGCAAAUGGACAACUUCUUAUAGCGGGGUUCCAUGCUGUAAGUCUGAAUUAAAACUGUCUUUUUUAGCCAAUGCAUCAAAGAAACUGCUUUAUAAAAACGUUGUAUUUUAUUUCUUCUUUUUUUGUCUCUCUGUGCAGGCGUAUUUCGUUUUGUUGAGCGUAGAAUGUAAUGAGAUACUGUGGAGAGUCAAGUGCGGUGGGGCUCAUAGAGUCUGGGACCUAGCCCUGAAAGAGUCGGUAAGUAACCGCACGUUACCAUGGAAGCAAAAUUUCUGGAUCUCAACAAUAGGAAGCUUAAGCAACGGCGACGGCGACGGCGACGGCGACGGCGACGGCAACGAGAACGGCAAAAAAGGAAAAAGGUUAAUAAGCAAAACAACUUUGCACGUUCAUCACGUAUUUUUUGUACAUUUCUUUGCCGUCGUUGCAAGAGUGCGACAUGAACUUUUCACGCGCCCGCUUUACGGAGUUGGUGAACACAACGCAAAAAUUUCCUUUUUCUUUUUCUAAACUUAGAUACAGUCCUUUCGGAUUCAACCACAGAAAAUUUCGCCAAAUUUGAUAUAUUAAAUGGAACUGAAUAAGGUUAAUGAAAUCUGAAACAGUGCGGAUCCACUUUUUAAGUGACGUUCUCGGUUUGUUGUCAUCCAGAAAUUUUGCUACUAUGGCAAGGUGACAUAAAGACUUGACUUCUCCUCUCUAUCGACCAUGAAAUAACACUCUGUCCCUAUUGUGUAAUGGGUCAAGAAUACGUCUAUUAGUCUAAGGCAAAGUAGCAUUAAUUCAGUCACCGAGUCGCAAAGAAGAAUCGGUCAUCGGACUAUACUCAAAGAAAACUAACCUUUUGUCGGACAUGAUGUCUGGACAAAGCAAAUACCAAAACUGUCGUUUUGCAGGUGAACAAACACAAUUCUAUCUUAAGCGCAUGUAAAUUGUGGUUCCAACGAAAUAACAUUGUUACAUUGCAUAUGUACAGUAAUUACUGUACUAGAACACAGGGAGGCCCCUUAAAACUAGAUUAAAACACUGCCGGAGCACACUUGCGUAGACUUUGCAAGAGAGAAACAUGCCUGUGUGUGUGUGUGUGGGAGGGGGGGUGGGGAGGGGAUUGGUUCAGAAAAGGUCUGCUUUAACCAGGCGAAGUAGUUUUAGUUAUUUUUCGCCUUUCCUUAUGUUACAGCAAAUAACUUUCAAAUUUUGGACUUGGCAAACUAUCAAACUCCGUCGAAGUUUCGUUUAAAUUACCUAUCUAUGGUGUUUUUAGGAUGUUUCCAUUUCUGGAGCGGUGUUGUCCUUUAUCAAAGACUCGAUGAUUUACACGCAUGAAAUUGCUUUUCCAAGUGAAGUGAAGAAGGCAGUGUUAAAGGUAAGCUUUUUCAGUUUUAUUUUGCUCACCCAGAUUGUGAGGAAAAGUCGAGUACAGCGAUGUUUGCUGUUGGUUCACUAACUUUUCAUAGUAUGCGUCGCCUAAUUGCGUUCCGAGUUUAGGCCAGAACAGUAAGAAGACAACGGCUACGAAAGGUCACUUGAAAAAGUGAAUUUGCGCUGGUUCAAACUUAAUUGCCCUUAUUCCAUCUCGUUCAAUUCGUCAAAUGUUGGCAAUUUUUUCUAGAGUUGAAUUCUAAAAGACGGUACCGAAGUUCGGUGCAAAACUAUGACGUGAAAUUAGGUAUUUUCACGUCGUAGUCGUGCACAUCCUUGGAGACCCAGCAGGGGCGGUCAGCCGGGUCGGGAGAAAAGGCGCGCGAUAAAAAAUUGGGUUUUUAAACAGCGACGUUUUUUUUGCACUCUUGAGCCGUGAUUUUGAACAAAUUUUUGGGCAAAUCGUCUCUAUAAGAAUUAAGAUACUUGUUGGCAAUGCAAAUAUGGAUGCGUCAAGGCUUAUUAAAAGAGAAAAAGACUCACUUCCAGUUGACAUGCGUCGCUCAAAAACGUCGCUGCUUGAGCUCCCCAUUCGCACCUGGACGAUUUUACAUUCGUGCGCCACGUUGCGGUGCUGUCCAUAUUCCUAGCACGAGGAACAGGCUAUAUAUAAUUCUUUGUAGCGUUCUCUCCAUACGUCAUCAGUUAACAUAUGACAUCCAUGGACAAUUCCCUUAUACCCUUAUUCAAAGUGGAAUUUGGAAAUGAUAGUGUUGUUGUCGCCGGAAAGUGAACGACUUACGUCUUAUUUACCUGUACUGAUGCAAAUGUUUCUCAUUUAGCCAGGAUUUCAUGGACGGGAAGCCACGUGCCUUCGUCAUAUAGACUCCUUUGUGACACGGAAAGGUAUUUUGCCAUGGAUUUAUAUGAUUAAAACUUUUGUUGUUGCAAGAGCGACUUAUAGACAGCGUGGACUGUUGUUAAACAGCUCUCGUGUUUUCACCAUGUUUAAUGUCAAGUUUGUUAGUUGCUGUAAUCAUUUUAAAAGGCCGGUGAGAUGCAGGAGUGUUGAUGCUCUUUUUAAAUCCACAACGGUACCGCAUAUUUUUAGCCAGAAUCCGAUGUUACAAAUGUACGUCCACUGAAGAUGUAUCUUUGUCUUUACUUUACACUUGACAAGAAAUUGAUAUUUCCAAAAGAAUUGAAGUUUUAACCAUUCCCUUACAUUUUUUCUUAACUUGUUUGUUUUGUUUUGUUUUUACAGGAGAAAUCUGUGACGUCUUGGCUACAGCUAGCGAAGAUACCAACAUCAAGCUAAUUAUCUGUAUCCUCUUCAGUAUUACAAGGGUAAAAUGUUCUAAAACUCCUCAUCUUUUAUCCCAGACAUGAUUCGGGAUAGAUGAUGAUUUUUUCAAUGCGGAUUACUAGAUAAUAUAAAACCUGUGAUUGUCUUCUGUGAUGUUAAUUUAUAUCGUCUUAGCUGUCUGUUUUUCGAUUUUUUUUGGUUAUUGCUUCUCUUAACAAUAGUUUACACAUCAGCUAAUCGCUCCUCUGGCUUGACCUCGCCAUUUUUCACCGCCCAUGGUCACAUAUCAGGUGUUAAAGCUUUAAGCGUAACAAAACGUCCUCUAUCACAGUUUCAACCAAGCGCCAGCAAAGACAAGACCAGCAGUCUCCUCCUCUUCUCUGGCGGAGGUCGCGCGUCACUUAGAUGCUGGCGUCUCAACCUGUCACUCAUUGAUGUUGACACCGAGGGUUGUCAUAGUGAUACCAUAACAUCUCCGAUGGUUUUCUUGGGAGAAUAUUCGUUCUCCUUCAGUAAUCAUCGUCGCAGGCGGAGGAAACAAGACUUAGCGUCCUUGUCCGAGAUAAGAUUUAUGUCUCUGACGACAUUAAAUGCGGUGGAGAUUAUCAAUCAAUCGUCAAGUCAAGACUUGAUAGACAAGUCUCAAACAUUGUACUUCGUAAUGGCAGCUUGCUCAGAUGGUUUCGUCAGGUGUGUAGUAUUCCCUCUUUGCCUUUUACAAACCUAACAAAAUUUGCAGCCAUUUGAGUGGAAAAGGGCCAAAAGGCAAGUUUUUUGCGCCCGAUAAGCUCGAAAAUCACACCAGUGAAGUGAAAGGAAAGGAGAAAAAGAAAGAGCUAGUAGGAAGAAAGGAGACGAGAAAAAAGCAAUGGUUGCACUCUUAGUUUUUAUGUUGGCUUCUUUGGAGGCAGUUUUGGCCCAAAAAAACUGCUUGACGGAAGAAGUCUUUUUGGCGGUAACGUUUUAAAAAACCGGCUUGAUAUAUGUUUAACUAAAUGCGUCUCUGUUUCUUUCUUUUAGGGUUUUCGCCUUUUACGAACAGCAAAACAAGUUCUUCCUUCUGGCUCAGUCCCAGUACCUCAGACGCUGUGUUCUCACGGUCAACCACGUGAUUGAUUGUCUCAGUGGUGAAAGGCCGCUGGUCAUGAUGUUCGCGGGGGACACGGCUGGAAGGAUUUCCUGCUGGGACAUCACUACGUUACUGUUAAGCCAUAUAAGGGAAUGCUGUACUCCAAUCAACGAACAGGUCGAAACAUUUGGGAAUGUAACAGAAAGCGAAGCUAGCAUUGAGUGUGACGUGGAAAAUCUUGAAGUUGACAGGGGAAAUGUUAUUAAUAAAUCAAGUGAAAAGAACACAUUUGAAGCUAGUGUUUCAUCAGAAAAUGGUGAUAAAAGUCACACAACCUCGGAGAGCGUGACUUCAUUUUCUAGCGAGGAACGCUUGACCACAGACAGUUUAAAAGCUGCAGAAAAUGCCGAACAAAACGGAAAUUUUUCUUCAGGUAAAUGUAGUGAAGUUGUAUUUAAAGAAGAGAAUUUGGCCGAUUUUGAAGCAGACGUAAACGCCUCAUCUGAGAUGGCUAAUUGUGGCCGAGUAGAACAGCGAACCGAAAAGACAGACUCCAAGAACCUUGCUAACAUCCAAACGUUGACUGGAGACGAAGUUUCAGAAACAGAUAAGAAGGAAAAUGCUGUUGUUAAUGUUGCAUUCGUGGUACCGCAAAAUCAACCCUGCUCAACACAACUGCAGGAUAAUCCAGCACUUGACUCAGCGUUUAAGGAGCAAAGUGACUUUUCCUGCCUACCUCUGGUACAGACAUUUCUUCCCCCUCCAACCCACGUGUUCAAAUGUCACCAAUCCGGGGUAAAUGCACUCUCGCUCACAAAUAUCAAUGGUAAGUUAAUGUUAUUGUGAGGAUAGGUACAGUUCCUGCUCAGCUAACGGUCACCUCUCCACCAGGACCGGUGAAGGGCAAUAGUGAGUUAAAUUGCGGGAAACAUAUUUUAGUAGAGUCUAACCUUCAUGUUCCAUCCAAGACACCAUGAUUUUCCCAAUAAAAGCCCUAAACGGUCACCUCUUGUAAACGACCGCAACCUCUUUUGGAGGUGAUGGUUUUUUGGCGGAUCCUCUUCUUGGAAGAGAACUCCUGUGGUUUGACUAUGGUAACCGACUACUAAAUCUUCGCAUUUUGGGUGGUCUCUAACGGGACGUUCGACGGCUGUGUAAAAUUUCGAAAUAAGUUUUCAAGAAAAAGAUAUUUGUAAAUUUAAAUAAAGUUAAUGUAUAAAGUGCACCAAAUAUUAAAUUCGAGAAAAUCGUUUGUUAUACUUAUUAACGCACACUAGUCAUCCAAUGAUCUUCCAGAACUUCCCACCGUGCUGGAAGUUUGAGUGUGACUAUUGAACGGAAAGUGGAUGGAUCAGAAGAAAGACAAAGCCUCGUUCAUUCCGUUAUUUUGUUUUAUUUCUAGGAGAGUAUUUGCUGGUCAGUGGUGGAGAUGACAGCGCACUGUAUGCGGCACAAUUCACUUUGAAACUGGACAGCAAUGACGUCACCGAGGUUCACGUGAUACGCGAGAUAACUGAGUCUUCAGCUCAUACGUCAUCAGUAACAGGUAACAACACGUGCAUGCCACGUGAGUCAACGUUAGCGCGUUAUAUUUCCUGGGGGAUCUGGGUCGAUCCAUUUACGUGACAAAGUUGCUUUGACAAGUGAAUUCAACUCGCUCCAUAUAAGGGAAUCCAAGGCGGUCUUGGAUUCCGGUUUCCAGGUACUGCAUGACAGUCUUUGUCAACUGGAACUUGGACUCGGCAUUCCAAUCUUUAGUGAGAUUCCGGAUUUCUUGAGCUGUAUUCCGGAUUCCAAAGCCAGGAUUCUGGAUUUCUUAAGCAAAAGUCUCCCGAAUUCCCUUACUUGGGGCGAAUUCAAAAUUUGCGGUUUAAAAAAGACAAAUGUUUUAAGUAAUGUUUGAGACGAGAAGGUGAAAUAGCAGGGUACCGGAAAGGUAUCACAAUGUAGACAGUGAAAAUGACAAUUACUUUUUUGAUUAUCGUAAAUUUCUUGGUUUGAUUGAAUGAUUGAAUUCUACCAAUUUUUCCUUCCCACAUGCGUGUAAAUUAAAUUAAUUUCCCAUUUUUCUGUCGCGUGUAGAACACAUCUGAUCAGUACUCAAAUGGCAACUGGGUAGACGCGAAAGGUAAAACUGUCAAACAGUUUAAAGUAUCCCAAGGCGGAUUAAAGCGUUUCUUGUUUGCCUCCACUUUUAAUCACUGGAAAACUCAUUUAAACCAAGUGUAGCGGUAUCAAAGAAUCGUGUGUUUAUGUUACAGGAGUAAAGACUUUGAGAAGUGGAUUAAUAAUCUCGUCUUCUGUCGAUCAAAGACUUGCUUUGUGGGAGUUGGCUAACGGAGAUCAGGUAUUUACCGAUUUUCUUAUCACGAGUUUAAGUUCUCGAGCAGUUUUAUGGCAUUUUUCUUUGCCUAAGCGGUAUUAGCGGGAGUUUCGCGUGUUGAAAGCCAACACUCAGAGACCAACGCUCGGGGUAGACCGUAGUUGAGGAGAAAGUGCUGCCUUCAAGAAUCAAGUGUAAUGCCAUCGACUGCAAACGGUUAGACGGCUAGACGUUUCGGAUAAGGACGAUAAAACGUACGCCCCGUCUGACAGCCCUUGCGUAUAUAAAAUUAUUUGGGACGUUCAAAAACCUAGGCACUGUUCGUAAAGAGUCGUAGAGAUCGUUGUCCCCGGUGUGGUGAUCUAUCCGCUCUGACGGUAUCGGCUCAGUGCUGAGCGAAUGAGACCACAACAUACACACUUUUAGAGGUCAGGUUAUUUGCAGGUUACCGCAACCCUCACUCAAGAACCCAGGAACUCAGGGCAGGGAGAACUAACAACGAAGACCCCACCCAAAAAGUGAAUUCGCGCUUUUUCAAACUUCAUCACCCUUAUUCCAAAUCUUUUAAUUUGCAAAAUGUUGGCGAUUUUUUUUUCAGGGGUUGAAUUCUAAAGGACUGUAACUUAGUUCACAAAGAGAAAAAGAAAAAAAUUGUCUUGUGUUCACGUCCUGUAUUAACGUGAAAUUCGGAAGUUUCUUGUGCAGUGACGGCAAAGAAAUGUUACAAAAAAGCUUGAUGCGCGUGCAAAAUUGUUGUUUUGCCAAUAUAAACCUCAGACUCGUACCCAUUCGCUAUUUAAGUGUUUUUUGGGGUGAGAGAAGAUUGGGGGAUUAGGUUGAGGCGCGUGCGGGUCCUCAUGGGAAGGGAAGACGGAAAAAUAGCUAAGUAUUGUGGUUGAAUUUUAUCCCUGGUGCAAAAUGUUAUUUUCCUUUGUUUUAUACUCUCUGUCCCACUUUACCAUAUACAAAAAUAAGGGAUAAAAAGAUUAAAAGCAAGGAUAAGACUAAGCCUCAGCAUAUGGCAUGUAAGUUAUUCUGACCUUUUAGAGCCACUACUUUCCUCUCUCUGUAUGACUCGUAUGACUCGCAUUGCCGUGUCAAGAGAUUAUUCAGUUAUCAUAUAUUUAGAGUGAUAUACUAUAAUCGAAAACCGUUCUCCUAGAUUCAUGCGUUGAUUGUCGUUAGUUUUUCUCAACAUAUGUUCAUAUUGUGUUGUUUGUCUUUUUUGUUUAUGUUCAAUAACAGGUUUCGCCCCCACUAUUUGCCUUCCGUCAACUCACUGUAGAGGUGGUGGACAUUGCCGAUGUCCAGGACUUGGAGGUCUGGGGCGAGAGGUAUUCCAGAAUAUUCAGCCAACUUAGAAUCACGUUUGGGGCCAACGGAAUAAAAUCCGAUCCAAAUUGAAAAUUUCUCAAGUUAAGAAAUGAACUGAUAAAUACUGUUAAAAAUAAUUCUUAUGGAUAAAACUGACAUGAAACCUUGUGCUUUUCUUUCAAUAAAAUGGACAGAAUGAACAGUAAACGACAGGUAAAGGGAAAAGUUGAUGACGCGGUAGAAGUAUGCCGCAUAGAGAAUUCUAAGGCCAUGUCCACAUGAAUACGGACAUUUUUGAAACGGCAUAUUUUUUAUCUGGUUCGUGUGGACGGGGCGUUUACUGCGCUUUUCACAAACAUGCGAAUUCUGAAGUUCAAAAGCCAACUGACGAUUGCGUUUUUUGCUGCCGUCAAUCAUCUUAACGGACCUCUUAGGAAACAAUACUUUACUUUAACGGGUUCAAAAGGGCAUGGUUUGUGAUUUGUGAUUGGUAGAUUUCGAUCCGUUUCGUGUGUCUCUGUGUUUCAAGGUUCGUUGCUUGUGAUCAUAAUUAUGAUUGACGGCAGCGAAAAACGCAAUUGUGAAGGCGGCCUUUGAACUUUAGAGUUCGCAUGUUUGUGAAAAGCGCAGUAAACCGCUCGAGCGACCAUCCUCAAGAGGUUUUACAGGCGGUCGCUUGCGACAGACCAUUCUCGUUAACAACCGGCUCUAGUUACUAGAACCCUUGUGACUGAAUUAAAGAAAAUACUAACUUGUUAAUACUCUGCUUAUAUCUGGUAAAAAAAAACAACAAGAAAUACAAGUUCCUCGGGCAGUUGUAUCUGCCUAAAAUUGCCGUCAGCAGAUAAUCACAUAUUUAGAGUUAAGGCCAAAGCUGAGAAGUUUAUACUUCAUUUCGUUAUGGUGGCACACUCACUCAUACUUUUCCUAACUUGUUUAUUUUUUUUACAGGGACGAAUGCGUUUUGGCGGGAGUUUGUGGAGUUGGUUUACAGACAUUUUGUCUCGUUGGAAAAGAAUGA